AUUUUUAUUGGUGAGAUAUCCAUGUAUUUCAUAAAGUCAACUCGAGAAACCCUAAUUAUUCAAGAGAAAACUAUUUUGACUGGAGAGUGCUGUUACCUGAACCCACUGCUUCGAAGAAUAAUACGUUUUAUAGGAGUGUUUGCAUUUGGACUUUUUGCCACUGACAUAUUUGUAAAUGCUGGCCAGGUUGUGACUGGGAACUUGGCUCCCUACUUCCUGACUGUAUGUAAACCCAACUACACUGGUAAUGACUGUCGGGCCCACCACCAGUUUGUAAACAACGGCAACAUCUGUACUGGGGAUGUGGAGGUGAUUGAAAAGGCAAGGAGAUCCUUUCCAUCCAAACAUGCUGCUUUGAGCAUCUACUCAGCUUUAUAUGCCACG